AUGAACCUGGAAGACAAGGUCCCCAUGGACUUGGUUCAACCAUCUGAGCAUCUUUGCUACGUUCGGUGCAACUUCUGCAACACCGUUCUUGCUGUUGGGCUUCCAUUCAAGAGGAUGAUGGACACAGUGACGGUGAAAUGUGGUCAUUGCAGCAACCUCUCCUUUCUUACCACCAGACCUAAUAAUCCAAUCCAGAUCCAACCUGCACCUCAUCAGUUAUUCUUGCAGAGCUAUUCCACUGAUUCAAGAAGGGGUGGUCAUUCCUCCUCAUCAUCGUCACCCACAUCUCUGGAAAGUCCAUCAUCCCCAAAGGCACCCUUUGUUUGUAAACCACCUGAGAAGAAACACAGGGUUCCAUCUGCUUACAACCGCUUCAUGAAGGAGGAGAUCCAGCGGAUCAAAGCAGCGAACCCUGAGAUUCCACACCGUGAAGCUUUUAGUGCUGCUGCCAAAAAUUGGGCAAGGUACCCUAGCUCUUCAGGAGAAGCUGCUGCAACAGCUUCUGGCAGCAGUAAGAAACUUAAGAUACGUAUCGAUGGUAACAAGGUCCCAGAUUUUGCAGGACUGAGUAGUAGGUCGUUCUAUUACGCUAGGCUACCAGAACAGGCAUUUAUGGAGGAGCGACGUAGAACUGGAGAGGGAUCAAUGUAG